GCGCAGUGCCCUAGUAACUGCCAGAGCCCGUGCGCCAGCCCGCAGACGGCGAUUAAGAGGAAACGAUCGACUAAUCCACAGGCGGACGAGAACUUUAUACGCGCACUCGACGCCGUGCGCUACGGCGGCAUAGGCUUUUGCAAGGCGGCAAGGAUGUUCGGCGUGAACAAUCGAACGCUCUGGCUCGAGUACAAGAAGCGCGGCUACCCGAACAACCGACCCAGUCUCAAAUCCCUUAAACAGGAGAACAACUCCUCGUCGCCGCCGCCGCCGCCGUCGCAGGCGCCCCCGGCGCAACCCAUGAACUCGUCCCAGAGCCCGACUCCGAUGGGCCCUCCGACGACUCCGCACAGCACGCACAACACGCACAGCACGCACACCAUGCUGACGAGCCACAGUCCCCACACGAUGCUGAGCGGUUACAUCGAUAGGCAUACGGAGUAUGCGCUACCGACUCUUCAAUCUAAGACACAGCCAGUGAUGAAGAGGACUCGGCUGCUGAUUAGACAAACGCGAGUGAAGAAGGAGCCGAGUCACUUGUCGCCGGAUGAGGCGAGCUCCUCGCCUCACAUCGUCUCGACUUCCGUUCAUCUCGCCACGGGGACGCUGAAUCUACCCCAGACGUCGAGGAGCUUCGAAGAGUCUCGUAUAUCACCACCGCCGCACAUGCUGGCCAAUCAGCCGAAUCUGCUGACGGUGACGACGACGUCGUCCAACCUGUUGACAGUACCCCAGCCGUCGUACCUGACCAAGCAACACUCGCAUCCGUUGCUGUCCAGUCAGCAACCGAGCACGUCCGGAACUUAUUGGAUACAUCGACAACAUUCGCAUCCGGAACUACCUGGCAGGACCACGAGUCCCUCGAUAGUGAUCGAGCCGGCGCCCAUCCUGAAGACGGAAGAAGAGGGAUGUGAGGAGACUCCGACUACACCUUCUGAAUUUGGAACUAGCAGCAGCGGCGGUACUGGAUUGAGGGUGAAGACGACGGAGUUGCGGCGGACUUCCUCAUCGCCGCAGACGAGCAGCAGCAGCAGAGAGUCUCGCGAAAAUACGGGCGAUCAGCGAUUAGGUCAUUGUCCGGUGUUACGUCAGGGUCCUGCCUUAGGUUGCAAUCAUUGCUGGAACACGAUAGACGAUCACGGGAGAAUACUUCGUAGAAAGACCAAGUAUCACUGUCCCGAAUGUCAGAUUAAUUUGUGCAUCGUGCCCUGCUUCCAAGAGUAUCACGAGCAGCGGCGCGACGUGAUUUCCAAAUUGAAACCCUUACCAAAAACUAGCUCCGUUUAACUCUUUCCUAUUUAUUAUGUACUAUUGAAGUACGUAGAGUACCUUGUUUUAUAAGUAAUCGUUACCUAUCGGAUUAUGUGUUGAGUACGCGCUUUAAAUGUGUGAUGGUUUUUAACGUAACGAAGUAACGAAUCCAUCAUCCUGUAAUGUCAUGUGACGUUACCAGUUCAUCCUAUACCACGAUUGAUGUGAAUCAUGAAAUCUGUAUCAUACUACAAAGACUUUUCAUGACUUCAUAUAUUUUCGUAAUACAUUUACAGUGUCUAUAAUAGUUGAAGUAGAUGAAAUUAUUGCAGUCUCAUCAGGAUGAUAUUGCAUAUUUAUAGCUGUGAGUAUCGAAUUUUUGUUUCUUUCUUAUCAUUUAUGCCUUUUAGCAACAUUGUUAUUUUUAGCGUAGUUUUAUUUUAUUUUAUUAUUAUAUAUAUAUUUAUGCUUUUAUCAAGCUCUUUCUGCUAUCAUAAAAUUAGUAUCAGAAAAAAAUCAUUUUUAACAUAAACAUAAAAAGAUUCAUUUUUUAAACAAUUUUUAUAGUUUAUGACAAAAGGAACUUAUAUCGAGAUUGGACAACUCAUUUUAAAAUAUAUAUAAAUAAUCAUUUUAUAGCAAUUUUAUUAUU